GUCUGCCCAUCUGUCAUUUGACCUCUAGUUCUCUCCCCAACGGACUCACCCAUUGCUCAAUAAUUCCCCCAUGGCAGCCCUCAGCAGCCCCGGCUCCAGCCCCCAUCCCACUUCCCCCCGAGUCUACUUCCAGUCCCCCGGCGAGACAGCCGCGGAGCCGGAGAGACGACAUCCGGGCAAAGUGACAGUCAAGUAUGACCGCAAGGAGCUGAGGAAGAGGCUGCGGCUGGAGGAGUGGAUCCUGGAUCAGCUGGUCCUACUGUAUGACUGCCAGGAAGAAGAAAUCCCAGAACUGGAAAUUGACGUGGAUGAAUUGUUAGACAUGGAGACAGAUGAGCAGAGAGGGGGGAGAGUGAAGGAACUUCUUAAUGAGUGUUAUAAGCCAACAGAUGCCUUUAUAACUGGGUUACUGGAGAAGAUUCAGGGAAUGCAGAAGCUAAGCACUCCCCAGAAGAAGUGAUUUUCUAGCAAGUUCAGAAACCGAGGACAGCGCCUCCACUUCAUUCUGGUAGCAGUGCAGAAUUGCAGGCUGUCAGGGUCACCGGCCCCUCCCCCCCUGCACAGAUGGAUUGUGUGUGGCUGCUAGCAGCCCACUUGGGACAUGUAAUGCAGGGGAACCACUUCUUUUUAUAUGAGGUUUUUGUAGAAAUCUUUUUU